AUGUCUGGCAGAGGAUUAGAAGAGGAAGAGGCGGCUGUGACUCACACAGGACCAAAGGGGGUGAUUAAUGACUGGCGAAGAUUUAAGCUGGAAAGCAUGGAUCAAGAUGCUUUGCCUCCUAACAAGAGGGAGCUUUUGAGACAGAUGUCAUCUACACACAAAAUCAAUGAUUCCAACCAUAAGAUGAGCAUCCAGGAGUAUGAAUUGCUCAAAGAAGACGAUGAGCAGUGUCUGCGCAAGUACCGCAAGCAGUGCAUGCAGGAAAUGCAUGAGCGCCUCAGCUUCGGGCCAAAGUUUGAUGGUGUGUAUGAGCUGGAGAGUGGUGAGGCAUUUAUCAAUGUCAUUGAAAAGGAGCACCGGCUGACCGUGGUGGUGGUGCACAUUUACAAAGAUGAAGUUAAGGGUUGUGAUGCACUCAACAGCUGCUUGGACUGCCUAGCCGCCGAGUAUCCAAGUGUCAAAUUUUGCAGAAUCAACGCAGCUGUCACUGGUGCUGGAGAACACUUCUGUGAUGAUGUUUUGCCAGCGGUGCUCGUCUACAAGGCUGGAGAGAUGUUGGGGAACUUUCUAGCAAUCACACAGCACUUCAAUGAAGAUUUUUUUGCCUCUGAUGUGGAGGCUUUUCUCAAUGAGUAUGGACUGUUGCCAGAGAAUAAGCUCAGUCCAGCUGGGGAUGACACAGAUGUUGAGUGA